AUGGCAAGGCGACAUUUUUCUCCAGGGCACAAUGAUACUGGUGCGUGUACUGUCCAUAACAAUCCGAUACGUGUAUCAUACGGUGUUGCGGCAAUGCUUUGGGGGAGAGAGUGUGCCGAAAGCGCGUCAGAUGUCUUACAAACCAGAGGAGGUUUGCCUGCGGUGGUCUGUAGCGUUUGCUCCGCAAGGGCUGGGAGGGUGGGUGAAGGAGUUUCGAGUUGCCGCAAAAGAGGACGAAGAUUUGUCAGGUUUGAACAAUAUGCAGCAGUACGAGAAUCAACGGGACUACGCUGUAAGCCGAGUGUUAGCCAUGGCUGGAUUAGUGCUGUGACUGGAAAGUUGCGUACUGACGGGUGA